AGCCGGGCAUGCCACCGGGGCUUCAAUUCAAGUACUCGUAUCCGGGUCGGGCAGAGAGCUGGAGAUCAUAUCACUUUGUUAUCUCUGUAAGUGACGCGUUGAACUCACUGGCAUGAUUGCAUCUCAUAUCUGAAUCCAUUCACCACUCACACACAACACACAGAACUUGAAUGUAUGUUUAAGCUUCUUCACCACAUCAAUGGCACCAAAACACAAAUCUUUCUCAUCAAAAUCCUAUCUUUUUCUCUCCAUCUCUCUCCUCUGCAUCUUCUCACUCAUCAUCUUCAUCUUCUCCAAAUCUUCUCAACCCUCUUCACUAUCACCAUCCUCAUUUAAUUACCAAAGCACCCCCAACUUUCCCGCUGAUUCAAUCAAAGUUUUCAUUUUGAACCUGCCCAGAUCCCUCAAUUACGGCCUUUUAGACAAAUACUGGUCUUUAACUUCUGAUUCUAGGCUUGGAAGUGAAGUAGAUAAUGAAAUUAGAAAGACCCUUGUUCCGAAAAGUUCAAGAUUUCCUCAAUAUCCUGAGAGUCCAUUGAUAAAACAGUACAGUGCUGAGUACUGGAUCAUGGGUGAUUUGAUGACACCUGAAAAUAUGAGAAUGGGGUCAUUUGCUCGGAGGGUUUAUGAUGUUAAGGAUGCUGAUGUGGUUUUUGUGCCGUUCUUCGCGACGCUGAGUGCUGAAUUGCAGUUGGGUGUGAAGAAGAGUGUGUUUAGGAAGAAGGUUGAUAAUGAGGACUAUGAUAGGCAAAGAGAGGUGGUUGAUUUUGUGAUGAAUACUGAGGCUUGGAAGCGGUCUGGGGGGCGAGAUCAUGUUUUUGUACUCACCGACCCUGUUGCAAUGUGGCAUAUCAAAGCUGAGAUUGCUCCUGCUAUACUCCUAGUGGUGGAUUUUGGUGGGUGGUACAAGCUCGACUCAAAAGCAUCUAAUGGCAGUUCGUCGGACAUGGUACAACAUACUCAAGUUUCACUUCUGAAGGAUGUGAUAGUUCCUUACACCCAUUUACUUCCUAGAUUAGAUAUAUCAGAAAAUCAAAAGAGAGAUACUCUUCUAUAUUUCAAAGGAGCUAAACAUAGGCAUCGGGGUGGAUUAGUGAGAGAGAAAUUGUGGGAUAUAUUAGCUAAUGAACAUAGAGUUAUAAUGGAAGAAGGUUUUCCCAAUGCCACUGGCAAGGAGCAGUCAAUAAAAGGGAUGAGGACAUCUGAGUUCUGCCUGCAUCCUGCAGGGGAUACCCCCACUUCCUGUAGAAUUUUUGAUGCCAUCCAGAGUCUCUGUAUACCGGUUAUUAUUAGUGAUGACAUUGUGCUCCCGUUCGAAGGUAUGAUUGACUAUUCAGAAUUCUCGGUGUUCAUUGCAGUUUCUGAUGCGCUACAACCAAAAUGGCUCAUCCAACAUCUUAGAGGAUAUUCUAAUCCGCAGAAGGAGAAAUUUCGUCAAAAUAUGGCUCAGGUUCAAUCAUUUUUUGUGUAUGAUAAUGGUCAUCCAGGUGGCAUUGGCCCUGUUGCUCCUAAUGGUGCUGUAAAUAACAUUUGGAAAAAGGUUCAUCAGAAGUUGCCAGUUAUCAAAGAAGCUAUAGUAAGGGACAGGAGAAAACCGCCCGGGAUUUCAGUUCCACUGCGUUGUCAUUGCACUUGAGUUUAAAGGUCUGUAAUGGACUACUGAACCGCUGGUGAUUUGUAUUUGUUAUAUCUUGUAUUGCUUGUUAGUCUAUACGUUUCCAUUCUUUA